UGUGACAUCACAGGCUAGGGAACAGUAGGCAGGCAGUGAAGCACGCAGGCAGCCGACUAGCCAGUGAGUCCAGGUCUUGGGGUCAGGAACCGGUCUGACCACAGAAUGGAGAGUCUGUGCAUGUACUAGGUUUUAGUAAUAUAUGCAUUGGAGUAUGUACAAGGAAAACACAAGGAGGCUUACACAGAUACAGCCAGGGAAUGUCAAAACAUGUUUCAGGCCAUAGUGAGUGCAAAUAAAGAUGUCCGAUAGUGUUGAUAUUGAAGAAAAGCCACCUGCUCCCCCUUUGAGAAUGAACAGUAAUUCCCGUGACCCUUCCUCAGUACACAGUUCAAAACCACUACCAAUGGCUCCAGAGGAGAAGAACAAGAAAGCCCGUCUCAGGUCCAUCUUUCCCGGGGGAGACAAAACCAAUAAAAAGAAAGAGAAAGAGCGUCCAGAGAUAUCCCUGCCGUCUGAUUUUGAGCACACCAUCCACGUAGGCUUUGAUGCAGUAACGGGGGAAUUCACUGGUAUUCCGGAGCAAUGGGCUCGGUUAUUGCAAACCUCUAAUAUUACUAAGCUGGAACAGAAGAAAAACCCUCAGGCUGUAAUAGAUGUUCUCAAGUUCUACGACUCCAAAGAGACAGUCAACAACCAGAAAUACAUGAGCUUCACAUCAGGAGAUAAAUCCGCUCAUGGUUACAUUGCAGCCAAUACUCUGAAUCGCCUCCUGUCUUCCGGGCCACCUGUCAGCCUUAGAACCUGCAGCGCGUUAUUUGACAAGCAAGGGGCUAAGACGACUUCUGAACCUCCUAUUGCACCUCCGGUGUCUGAAGAAGAAGAUGAGGAACAGGAGGAUGAAGAGGAAGAAGAAGACGAUGAUGAUGAGGUUCCACCCAUCAUUGCCCCACGACCUGAGCACACCAAAUCUGCAUAUAAGAUCUUUACUCGCUCUGUUAUUGAGCCAGCUGCACCUCCUGCUUCUGUCAAAGAGGACAUGACCCCUCCAGAUUCUCAAGUACAGCCAGAGAACACGUCCAGUAUGCUAUACCGUCACACUGACCGACAGAGGAAGAAAUCCAAGAUGACAGAUGAGGAAAUACUGGAAAAACUCAGAAGCAUUGUUAGUGUUGGUGAUCCUAAGAAGAAAUACACACGUUUUGAGAAAAUAGGACAAGGGGCAUCUGGGACAGUAUACACAGCUAUUGACAUUGCCACAGGACAAGAGGUGGCAAUCAAACAGAUGAAUCUGCAGCAGCAGCCAAAGAAAGAGCUCAUUAUUAAUGAGAUCCUUGUGAUGAGGGAAAACAAAAAUCCCAAUAUAGUCAACUACUUGGAUAGUUAUCUAGUAGGAGAUGAGUUGUGGGUGGUGAUGGAAUAUUUGGCAGGUGGUUCACUUACUGAUGUGGUAACCGAGACAUGCAUGGAUGAGGGACAGAUUGCUGCAGUGUGCAGAGAGUGUCUACAGGCUCUGGAUUUCCUCCAUUCUAAUCAGGUGAUUCAUAGAGAUAUCAAGAGUGAUAACAUUCUGCUGGGCAUGGAUGGUUCAGUGAAACUGACGGAUUUUGGGUUCUGUGCUCAGAUCACACCUGAGCAGAACAAGCGUAGUACCAUGGUGGGCACACCCUACUGGAUGGCCCCAGAAGUCGUAACCCGGAAAGCCUAUGGCCCUAAAGUAGACAUCUGGUCCCUGGGUAUCAUGGCGAUUGAAAUGGUGGAGGGAGAGCCACCAUAUCUGAAUGAGAACCCACUCAGGGCCCUAUAUUUAAUUGCAACAAACGGCACUCCAGAGCUACAAAAUCCUGAGCGGCUAUCCUCAGUGUUUCGAGACUUCCUGAAGGGCUGUCUGGAGAUGGAUGUAGACCGAAGAGGGUCAGCUAAGGAAUUGUUGCAGCACUCGUUCCUGAAGCUUGCCAAGCCCCUUUCCAGCUUGACUCCGCUGAUUGUAGCUGCCAAGGAAGCCAUCAAGAAUAGCAGCCGUUAAGAUUUCCCCCCACCCACACACACAAGCAUACACAUUCACACAGACACACAGACACAGACACAGACACACACACACAGAGCGCAAGUACAGUGUUUUAACGUGAGAUACAGUAGCACAAUUACACAAUUUCUGAAUCUGGACACAAACACUAACACAAGCACACGCUUGCACAUGCACUUGCCCUUAUAAGGGUGACUGACAGCUGUUCAAGGCCUUUGGGAUGGGAUUGGCCCUGGUCCCUGCCCUCAAACACGUUGUGAUGUAUGGAACUGCCACACUAGUCCAUCAGUGUGUGUCCACCUCUUCACAUCUGGAAAGGGGAUAGAAAAACUGAAGAAAAAAAAAAAAGAAAAAAACAACUCCUGUGUUUCUUCUCUCUGGAUUCAAAGAUGAUGUGUAUUACAGUAGACCUCAAGAAUUAUCAAGUUUAUUCUCUUAUUUAAUAUAUUCUGAACUGUCUUGGAUUACUAGCAACCUUCUUUGGGUUUUACAGGGUUUUUCCUGUUCCUGAAGAUGUGUACCUCCAAAACUCGGGAUCUCCUCAAGACAUCUGCAUGACCGCAGCUAUUCACAGCAAUCAUUUUCUGUCUACAUUGUGUGUGCUCAAAGUCAGAGAGUUUAGUAUGCUAGAGAGAGAGAGAGAGACAAAGGCUGCACGGGGCAACUUUUUGAGCAAUCUUGCUGGGCAACUUUUUUGAGAAUGGGUAACAAAUUUCUGUUUGGAUACUUUAGAUCGAUCAGUCGUGGGCACUGUGUCUCACCUGGUUGCCCUUUGAUGGCAACAAUGCUCAAAAAGUUGCCCUGUGUAUCAUCAGCCAAAGAAAAGGAGAGAGGGAGAAAGAUUACAUGUAAGAACUAAGAUUAAUCUCAUACACACACAAAAAAAGAAAAUAUAUAUAGUUUUAGGACCUAGUUUUUGUUUGUUUGUUUGUUUGUUUGUUUUUCUUAGACUGUCAUAGUAAUAUUCUUAUGUAUUAUUGUUUUAUUGUAGAUAGAUAGAUAGAUAGAUAGAUAGAUAGAUAGAUAGAUAGAUAGAUAGAUAGAUAGAUAGAUACAUGUUCGUGACGUUUCAAAAGAUUUACUCGCAAAGAUUUGAUACAGAAGUAACUUUUCUACUGUAUUAUACAGAUAUUAUCAUUUGAAGGCAUAGUGCAUCCUGAAUUUGCAAAAAAAAAAAAAAAAAAAAAAAAAAUACAUUUUAUUCUAUGUUAUUCUCUCAGAUUGAAUUCGCAGACUGUGUUUUCAUGUGCAAUGUCUUUGCCAUAGGGCCCGGAAAUUAGGCAUGGAAACCACAACACAUAGGUCUAUACUCUGUACUAUGCAUUUUAAAAGCAAAUGCAAAAUGUUGAAAACCAAGCCAUGGGGAGACAAAUGUAGAAUGGGCUAAUGUGCUACUUCCUGGGUAUAAUGGAGUAAGAAAAUCCUGCUGAGGUUUUGACAUCUGCUCGUCACACAUUAACAGAGAACAUUGCAUUAAGCUAUUUGAUCUUUCAGAGUGCAGUGUUUGGCUAAAAUAUUUGUAUGAUGAAGGGCCAUUCACAUAAGACUUGCUACUGUUUUACUUUUAUUAAUUUAGCAGAUUCUUUCAUCCAAAGUUACUUAAAAAAUUAGGAAUAUACAAAGCAAUUGAUAAAAAGGUAAAUAAACACAGUAAGUGCUCAUAAUACAAAGUUUCAGACAUUGUUUAGAAUAGUAUAAGCCAAGUAGGAAGGGUUUUGGAAAAUAUGAAUCACACAUUGGUUUCAGCCUUUGCCCUUGUGCCCUAAGACAAAAUAGCAAGGCCAUUGUUUUUAAGGCACAAAGCUAUACACAAUUACAUAGACAAUUUUAUCUACGCAAGCUCAGUGUCAGUGUCAGAAUGGAGUUCUUGUAAAGCAAGUACAUACUGCAUUCUCAGCAUUGCCACAAAGAGUACAGUUUGAAGAGAAUCUUGAUGAGCAAGUUAGAUUUACAUUUAAUCAUUUAGAAGAUGCUUUUAUCCAAAGCAACUUAUAAAUGAGGACAAUAGAAGCAAUCAAAACUAACAAAAGGGCAAUAAUAU